AUUGUUGGGGAGAAGGGAAACAUAUAAAGAGCAGAGGAGAGCAAAAGAGGGAGUAAGUGGAGGGAGGACGAGAAGAGCCUUGAUAAAGAUUACAAACUUUUUCAAACAGCAGACAGCACGAUGGCUGCCAGCAGAGACCUUCCUUUUCCCCUGGUGAUCAUGUGCCUGGUUCUCAUCAGAGGUUACUCAUCCCUGCCUACGACAUCAGGAGUCGCAGGGACAAAUCCCAUGAGAUCUCCGAGACCUCGAGGGUUCCCAACUGGGGGCAAUUUGCUGAACACAGAGGAUUACUCUGAAUAUGAAGACACAGUCACCCCUGUUCUACCCAAAACAGUGCCUCCAAAUAGAGUGACCCCGAAGCGAUGUGACUACAAUCCCUGUCUCCAGAGUCAGAUCCCCUGUGCUGACCUUGCAGCCUCCACCGGCUGCUUAUGCCCAGGGUCCACUUUACAUAAUGAGCCUCCACAGGCCCCCGACCUGAGAUCAGUGUCCUGGAACGGGUCAGAAGUUGUGAUUUGGUGGUGUGCACCUAAUUCAUAUGUCACAGCUUACAUUGUUAAAGUAGAGGGGAAAGAGAGGCAGAAGUUUGGGAAGGACCAAAGGAACGGCGGAGUAGGCAACAUAGACCACAACUCAGAGGUUUGUGUGGUUGCAGUGAAUGACGCUGGACAGAGUGAUGGGUCCUGUAUGAUGUACCAGUCCAGGGACAGCAGUCUGCCUCUGAAAGCGGGACUCAUCGGGGGAGCUCUGGGUUUCCUGGUGCUCCUUUUGCUGGCCGUUCUGUUCUGGAGGUACAAGACUCAAAGGAAGCAGCAGGCCAGCAUCUCAAUGCAUGACACAGCAGAGACACAGUGAAGAGAAAUCAGAGCGAGAUAAGAUUCUGUUUCAUGAGACUCUUCAGCUUCACUGCAGUCAAUUAGCUGUGACUACAUUUUAGGUUUUCUGCACUCAGAGGUUUUCAGAAAAUGCAGGCGGUAGCAGAGAUCAUCAUUUCAUAUGAACAGAUUUGACUGGAAAUGUUCGUUGCCUAUUUCUUGUCUCAUUUUAUUUCCCCUUUUAAAGAGUGUUCAAAUCUCCUUUAUUUAAAAAAAAACGAAAGAAAACCAGCUGGUAGGAAGAUACUGAAAGUAUUAGCAGUGUUUUCUCAAAGUGAAAACUAGAACAACAAGCAAACACUGCGACACUGCAAGAAAGGUAAUUUGGUCUUUUUUUUUUUUGCAAUUCAAAAUGAGCUUUUUGGUAGACAGCACUGAAAUAUCAGGUGUCAGGAUUCAAGACUUCAGGGUGGAGUCCCUGCUUGCAACUACUAUACUGAACAACUGCUGCAACUAAAUGUAGUGUGGCUCUUUAGUUCAUUGGACAAAACAUGUAACCACCAACGCAGUAAUUUAAGUAUUUAUUUAUGCCUUGAUUUCAGAGAAUUUAAUGUGUAGCUUUGUGUCAAUGCGUUUUCCAGUAACCAGUGAGUUCUUAUGUGGUUUAUUGAGCUAUAAAGAAACAUUUCAUUCUGAAGCUUGUCAGACAAACUUGAAAUAAUCAAAUUUGGAGACACUUGGUUUUCCUUGGACACUGUAGGUUACACAAUGAGCACAAGAUGAAUCGAUAAAAAUCAGACGAACCCGCUGGCACAAGUCAGGAAUUCAUGUUUUUGACUGAAAUGAAGCGAAGAAGCACAAUGUAAAUACCAGCAGAUUCAUGUCAGAGACAAGAGCUGAUGGACACAAAUGCUACCUGUGGGCCUGACUGAACUAUUUAAUUGGGGUUACAUAGCAGACACAUCAAAACAUGCUGUGCACAAGAUGGGGAAAAAACGUGUGUUUGAAACUCUCUGUGAGAGUUUGUUAUUUUAUGUAUUUAAUUAAGAGUGAAUAUACUGAUUGUGGUGAAUGAUGUGGUGUGUUAUGUUCUGUAUUUGUGAGCAUUCGGCUUGUUGCCUUAGACCUUGUACAUGUCAAAAGUUUGAUUUGACAGACUGAAGUCUAAAACCACACUACUGCAUGUGUACACUAAAAGGUCUGACUAUUUAACUCAAAUAAAAUAUUUUCUUAGUUGCUA